AUGGAAUCCUACGAAGUGCUUUCGGCGAAGACUCCACAAGUUAACGUUGAAGAUGAGCGGAAAGGACACGCGACGCAGUAUCGCGGCCAAAGGACCGAGGGAACCAGAAACACAUCGACAAGAGUUCGAAGAAUUUUCAGCUUUGCUCAGAUUUUCUUUUUCGCGCUCAGUUACAUGUCGUCCUGGGAGGCCAUUGCAUCAAACAUCGCAUACUUCUUCUGGAAUGGCGGGCCUCGCUCUCUUUCGUUUGGAUACCUGGUUGUCAUCUCAGGUGUGCUGUGUCAAGUCGCAUCCAUGGCUGAGAUGGCUUCGGUACAGCCCAUUGCAGGCGCGCAGUACCACUGGACUCACUACCUCGCGCCGCCAUCACAACGACGCUUCAUCACCUGGAUGCAAGGCUGGAUCACCUGGUUCUCCUGGAUCUCGCUCCUGGCUGGCGUGGCUAAUAUUGCCGCUCUCAUGAUCCAGGCACUGGUCAUUGCCAACUACCCUACCUACAUUCCACACGGUUGGCAUGUGACCUUGAUCAUCUACGCCUUACUCCUUGUCCAGGGAUUGAUGAAUCAGUACGCUUUCUGGACAAUCCCCUGGAUCGAGUUGCUCUCCGGUUUCUUACACGUCAUCAUGUGGGUGGUCUUCGUUGCUGUAUUGGUUACGCUCGCCCCUCGCCAUACGGCAGAUUUUGUCUUCUUGGAGAAGUCGGCUCUCUCCGGCUGGAACAAUGAGUAUGUCUCAUUCAACCUCGGUAUGCUCACUGCUACCUGGGGUUUCGUAGGUUUCGAUGGAGCAGUCCAUAUGUCUGAAGAAGUGCGAAAGGCGCGACAUGCAGUGCCGAGAGCCAUGUUCUGGAGUAUCGUCAUGAAUGGUGCGCUUGCAUACGGGAUGGUGCUCGUCUUCCUGUUUUGCGCAGAAGAUGUCAACGACCUGCUCUCUUCGGGUUAUCCUCUGCUGCUCAUCUGCAUCAAUGCCACGCAGUCCACAAGCGCCGGCUCGGCAAUGGUGGGCCUGUCGAUGAUUGUCACGCUGGCCUGCUGUCUGGGCAGCAUUGCGUCCGCAUCGCGAUUGACUUGGGCUUGGUCUCGAGACGGAGCCCUCCCGGCCUAUUUCUCGUACAUCGACCCGAAGCAGCGCAUCCCGGUUCGCUCAGUCUGGUUGCCCGUCUUCAUUGUCAUGCUGCUGGCUCUCCUCAAUAUCGGCAGCAGCAUCGCGUUCAACGUCAUCGUGGCGCUGUCCACUCUCGGCCUGUACCAGUCCUACCUCAUGGCGAUCGCCUGUAUGAUCUGGGCUCGGUAUAAAGGGAGGGUCGAGCCCUCAGGCUGGUCUCUGGGACGCUGGGGUGUCUACAUCAACGUCUUUGCGGUCGUCUACUCGGCAUAUAUCAUGGUCUUCCUCUGCUUCCCAUCCUUCCUCCCCAUCAACGGCUCAGAUAUGAACUAUGCCCUCCCAAUCAAUGCCUUUGUCCAGCUCGUUACGCUGGCCCUGUGGUUCUUGUGGGGUAAGCGAAACUGGAAAGGUCUCAACAAGGACGUCGUCGAUGCUGUCGUGGCUGAUUCGGAUCGCAACACCAAGGAUUAG